UCUACUAGUCCCUCAAACAUAUUAUAAAUACAAGAGCUUUGUAAAUUUCACAAUUCAUCAAGUCUCAAAUCGAAAUAAGCAAGCAUGAAGAGUACUGAAGGUCGUCAUCAAGGCGUCUUAAGGACAGGAAUGAUUCAUCCGCGCCCGCGACACACAACACCAGCACCACCACCAGCUAAUGGAGUAGUAAUUACCAAAGCCAAAGUGCCGUCAAAAGCUACCAACCAUUCAAAUAUCGUCGGAGAUAUUAGUCAGCGGUCCAAGUACAGUAAUUGCCACGUGUCGCCGGCUAUCAAGUCUGCCCACAAUUCUAAAGGUCGCCGUAACUUACAACCGUGGGGUGAGGACAAGCUAGACCGGCUCAUCGGGUCGGGGUCUUCGUCCGCUAAGGAUAUUUUGGAUACAUUAUGUGAUGAUGAUGAAGAUGAUCAUGACAAUGACAAUUAAUUAUCCCGUUUGAGAUUAUGAGAGAUUACUGUUUUAUAUAUAUGUUUGAACUUCACAAUGAUCAUAAUUAUGGGAAGCAUGUAAUACUUUCGUGUCAAUGCAUAUUAGAGUUGGAAUUAA